AUGCACCUCAAGCCGGUCGAAACCAUUGUUGUUUUGUAUCAUAACUUUGAAAUAUCCGCCAAGUUUCACGAGACUGAUAUGAGUCUUGAUAUUCCUGGUACUGAAGUCAACGUCCGAAACCUCAACGAGCUCCUGGCGCUCGCCAAGGACUACGCGACAAAGGAAGUCUCUCUCUACGACAUACUCGGAGUGCCAAGCGAUGCCCUCGACAAAGAGAUCCACCGCGGCUGGCGUCGCCAGAACCUGCAGCACCACCCCGACAAAACCCGCGACGCCUUCGAUCCCGUAGCCUACGAGCGCAUCGGCCACGCCAAGGAUAAGGCCGAGCGGGACCGCAUGGACAGGGAGAAGAGGCGAUACAUUGAUGAGCUCGAGGCGGCGGAAAAGGUGGCGCGGACGAAGAAGGAAGAAGAAGCUGAGAAGCUGCGGGAGCUGGAUCGCGAGCGUGAGAGGUUGCGCCAGGAGGGGCUCGAAAGGAGGGAUCGGGAGGACCGCGAGUUCAAAGAAAAGGCGGAAAAGGAACGAAUGGGCCCGUCGCUCGACGAGCAGGAGGCCGAGAUCCUGGCAAAAAUGGCCGCCAAGGCGCAGAGGAGAGCCGAGAAGGCGCAGAAGAAAGCCGAUAAGUCGGCGGCUCGGGGUACCGACAAGACGGCGCCCAAGGUCGCGUCGUACUAUUACAGCACCGAUCCGACACUGAGCUACGAGGAGAAGGUGGCUGGGGUCAUGGCUAAGCUUCGAGCCCGCCAGAAGGAGAGAGAUGAGAGGAAGGGGCCGGCCCAGGCCGACGUCGUCAUGACUUGA